CGGGCCCCCAGGUGGAGCGGCGGGCGCCGGGCCCCCAGGAGGGGCGACAGGCAUUGGGCCCCCAGGCGGAGCGGCGGGCGCCGGACCCCCAGGCGGAGCGACAGGCCUCGGGCCCCCAGGCGGAGCGGCGGGCGCUGGACCCCCCAGGCGGAGCGACAGGCCUCGGGCCCCCAGGCGGAGCGGCGGGCGCUGGACCCCCAGCGGAGCGACAGGUCUCGGGCUCCCAGGCGGAGCGGCGGGCCGCCGGACCCCCAGGCGGAGCGACAGGUCUCGGGCCCCCAGGCGCAGCGGCGGGCGCCGGACCCCCAGGCGGAGCGACAGGUCUCUCGGGCCCCCAGGCGGAGCGGCGGGCGCCGGACCCCCAGGCGGAGCGACAGGUCUCGGGCCCCCAGGCGGAGCAGCGGGCGCCGGACCCCCAGGCGGAGCGACAGGCACCGGGUCACCAGGCACGACAGUGGGCUC